CAGGAUGGAGCGGAUGUCUGAGGAGGUGCUGAGGCUGAACUUGCUCAAGCGGGGCCUGGAGACGUCCGAGGAGCGUGAAGAAGCCCUGGCCAAGCGCCUCAAGAUGGAGGGCCACGAGGCUAUGGAGCGCCUCAAGAUGCUGGCCUUGCUCAAGCGCAAGGACCUGGCCGCGUUGGAAGGGGCGGCGGCGGUGGCGGCCGGGUCCCUGGACGGCAGCAAAGGGGGGCCGGGGGGGAGCCACCACCACCAGAGUAUGCUGGCGGGCGCAGCGGCGGCCUACGAGGAGAAGAUUAACGGGAGCCUGGGGAGGCUGGGGGGCCAUGGAGGCCCCAGUAAGAAUGGCAAGGAGAACAUGGUGGACGAACCAGUGGACUUCAGCGCCAGAAGAGGGUAAGAAUCAUGAUUAGAAUGGACGUAGGACAGGUGAUGGAUGGACAAUUGCGGAUUGAAAUGAGUUGUUCAGAAGAUGUGGAUGUAGUGCUAGACAGAGUACACCAUUCAUCCUCUGUUAGUCGUCAUUCAUCUCUGAUCCCGUUCUCUCCCAUAUCCAGCGAUGUGGACCGUGAGCGACACACUCCGUCCCCAGACGUGAUCAUCCUGUCGGACAACGAGGCAUCCAGUCCCAGGGGGACGCCCUACCCCGGGGAGAGGCUGCACCAGGCCAACCUGGAGAUCUUCAAGGUACGUUGUCACCACUUGGCCUGUGUGGUCUAGCGGUUAGAGCCGCUGACCCUGGCACUCAAGUAGACCAUAGUUGGUGUGGGUUAAAAUCUGACCAACUGCCCUUCAUACUCACACUCCUCCAAUUUUUCCUGUCAGCCCUUCACUGUCCUAUCCAUAAACGUGUGAGUGUGUAACGUAUGCGUUCUAGGGGAAGAAUGGCGAAGAGCGGCAGCAGAUGAUCAAGGCUCUGCGGGAAGAGCUGCGUCUGGAGGAGGCCCGUCUGGUGCUGCUCAAGAAGCUUCGGCAGAGCCAGAUCCAGAAGGAGAACGUCGUGCAGAAGGUUAGUAUCAGCGUUGACACCAUUACCAUUCCAUAUUUCAUUUCCAAUUCAGAGAUUGAAAUAUCGUUAUAGAAAAUGUCAAAUGAGACCCAGCACCCUAGUAUGUGACAAUAUACUGGUGUUUGAAUUCCUUAGCCAACUACCUCACUUUACAUUGGAUAAUCAACUGGUAACAAAAAUCUAAAUCCGGGAUGAAUUCUCACUCAAAUCGGCAUCAAAUAUUAUAAUGGCUAUUGUAUCCCACAAAAUACAGGCUAAUGUCACUCUUGCUUGACUGUAUAGCCACCUAAACAGCCUGAUACUAGUACAACCUCUACUCACAGUGUACCGUAAUUUUCGGACUAUAAGCCGCGCCUUUUUUCCCAUUUUUCGAUCCUGCGGCUUAUAUAACGGUGCGGCUAAUCUAUGGAUUUUUACAGCUAAUGGCCACUAGAAGACCUCCUAAAUCUAUGGAUUUUACAGGUUACAGUCCACCAACUUUAACUCUAUGGGCUCUAUGACCGGUCCGCGCCCUCCACCUUUAAGCGGCGGGCUCCAGCAGGAAAAGCUGGAGGCCGGAAAAGAGUGAGACAGGUAGCGCGCAAAAGUAAAAGUGGAACCGAGAGUGGUACGAGAGACAGAACGAGAGACAGAACGAGAGCAAGACAGACAGACAUUACGAGAGCGAGACAGUUUGUCUCUUUCCCGACAAUCCCCUCUGUGCACGAACCCUUACAUAUGGUAAUUAAACAUUAAAACACCUGCGGCUUAUAGUCCAGUGCGGCUUAUAUAUGUACACAUCAUUCAAUAUCAUUCAAUUUAGCUGCUGCGGCUUAUACUCCGGUGCGCCUUAUAGUGCGGAAAUUACGGUAAAUGUGAAUGGCCCAGCAUGUAGCAGUGUUACCUAAGGCCCCUGUUUGAGGUAGUAAUGAGACUGUGCUGACACACAGACUAAACAGCUCAAUGUCAGAGCAGGAGUAAAAUAGCAGAGAUCUGUUAUAGUGUAUCAGUGACGUUAUUGUGUGCGAUCUGUGUCUCUGUUUGAAAGAGAGAGUGUGUGUGUGUGUGUGACCUUGUGUGUGCCACAUUCUUCUGCCAGACCUGACCCUACUAUUUAUAUAUUGUAUCAUAACUUAUAUACAUUGCACCAAUUGUUGUGUAUCAUCUGUAUAAUGUUCUCUAUUCUAUUGUACUAUUCUAUUACAACCAAUCCAGGUACCUGUGGUCCAGAAUACCACCUCUUCGGUGCAGCCGUCCCCCAUCCACAGUUCACAGGGGAUGGGAAAGCUGCCGGUCCGCCCUGGCAUGCACACCCCGGAUCCCCAGAACCUCCGCACUGCACAGGUGUGUGUGUGUGUGUGUCGGUCUGUGUGUAUUGCAUUGAUUUUGGCAGUAGCCUGACUGGAACUCAACCUGCACCCCUGGUCAGAGUCAAACCUGCUAUCCACAGCUCCAUGAGCAUUAUUGCUCCUUCAGUUGGAAUGUCUUGUAAUGCAUUACAUACCAGCGCUAUAGGAUCUAUACUGUAUGCUAAUUGUGUGUGCAUGCUUAGGCAAAUCUAUUUCACUACUCUUUGGAUCAUGUUUGUGUUUUGGAAAGCAUAUGGUUCCUGGUUAGGUUGAUAUCUUACAUCUAUAUAUGGAAGACAGUGCUUUGAGCCAUGAUCCCUUGAAUUGGACAUAGGUUGGUCAGGUCAGCUUUUUAUGUAAGCUGUUCACAUUGACUGUCUGAACUGUGACGAUAAGGCCACGUAUGUAUCUAUUCCCCUCUAGUGACUACAAACGGUACAACAUAUACCCAUAAACAGAAGCAUUACAUUUGUGGCUGACUGGCUCCCUAUAUUUCAAUGGCACACUCAGUGUAGCAAAUGGGGAUUCCUGGUCAAUUUAUUUGCGGAAUUAAUUAAAUUGUAUCCAAAUUUUAAAUUGUUACCCUCUCAUGGUUCUCCCCAUUUUAUUAACCAUCUCUUCUCUUUAUCACUUUCUCACCCUUUUCUGUCCCUCUUCCUCCUCCAUCCCUGCUGGGCAUAUAAUAAUGCAUCCCUUCUUCUGUUUUGAUUUCCUCUAACCUUUCCUCUUCUCCCUCCACAGGGUCACACAGUCAUCAGGUCGGGGGCUAACGCCUCCCUGCCCCCGAUGAUGAUGUCACAGAGGGUCAUCGCCCCCAACCCGUCCCAGCUGCAGGGCCAGAGAAUACCCUCCAAGUCUGGCAUGAACCGCUCUAGCACGGGCAGCAUGAGUAACGUCAGCUACCAGCAGGUAUGGUGCCAACCCUCUGCUCUCCACGUUUCAGCAAACUCUGGUUGCAUUCCGAUUCUCUACCCUUCACCCACGAGUAUCCACUCGGUCACUCCCCUUCAUGCAUUUAAAAGCAUUGGAUCAGUGCAAGCAUGGCUGGAGGAAGUUUCCACCAUAUUCCUUAUACCACUACAUUCAUUGAGCAUGUUUAAAAGUCAUAAAGACCAUCCAGAGGACCCUUCCGUAUGAAUAAUAGCAAUCACUUCAACUUGUCUCACGGUUUUUCCACUGUGCCCCUUUUCCCUUGUGCGUUGAACGCACCACAGGCCACCAGCCAGCAGGUGGUGGCGUCCCAGCGUUCGGGCUCCUCUGCAAUCUACAUGAACCUGGCCCACAUGCAGGUGGCUGGUGGCGUGGCCGGCGUGGGGAUGGGCAGCAGUGGGAUGGGCGCUGUCAGCCCUUCCACCAUGUCGAGCGGCACAGGUGGUGGCAGCAGCUCCGGCGUGAGUUCCCUGGCGGACCAGGCCAGCAGCCAGGCGGCAGCCAAGCUGGCCUUGCGCAAACAGCUGGAAAAGACCCUGCUGGAGAUCCCGCCGCCCAAGCCACCGGCCCCACUCCUGCACUUCCUGCCGUCGGCGGCCAACAGCGAGUUCAUCUACAUGGUGGGCCUGGAGGAGGUGGUGCAGAGCGUCAUCGACAGCCAGGGUGAGCCACUGGACAGGCACCGCUACAAAUCACACUGCAUCCCAAAUAACUUCUCAUUAUAUGAUCAAGAUUAGUGAUUCUGCGCCUCAACGUGCUUAAAGUAACUGUCCAGUGAAAAUCUAACUUUUAAAAGUUAAUAUUCUGUUAACUCAUACCCAAAUAAUGUUAACUCAUCAUAUACUCAUAUUUGUGGGCAAAGCAUAAAUUGAUGGAAAACAACACUUAAAAACCCCCCACCUCAGACUUGUAUCUCAAAUAGACUGUUUAAAAAAUGCUUGCUAUUUCCUCAGAGGAUGAUGUCAUCCUCCUAAGGAUUAGCUGGUUAAUCACCGGGUCUACUCGCAUGAAUAUUUUUAAUGACCGGUAUAUGCCCACACCAUUCUGCUUUUGGUGUAUGUCCACACCAUUCCAACACAUAAAAGCUGCUUUUUAACAUACUUCAUUAAACAAAUUUGAAGGGAAACUAUUUGCUCAUAUUGUAAUUAAUUCUAGGUAAUAUUUCAUAGAAAUAUGGAAACACUGGACAGUAACUUUAAACUGACCCCUCAAAUAUGUUGAUUUAAGAGCCAAAACCUGUAAUAACUGCCUCUCUCCUGCCUCUCUCAUCAGGUAAGCUGCGGGGGGCGCUGUCACACAUGGAGCCCUUCUUCUGCGCCCAGUGCAGGAUCGACUUCACCCCCCACUGGAAGCAGGAGAAGGGUGGGCGUAUCCUCUGCGAGCAGUGCAUGACGUCCAAUCAGAAGAAGGCCCUGAAGGCGGAGCACACCAAUAGGCUGAAGAACGCAUUCGUCAAGGCCCUGCAGCAGGAGCAGGUCAGCUGUUUAAUAAAGCAUGGAUUAAAGAGAUGCACAACAGGCUUUACAACGGGGUUAGGUCAAAUAUACUAGUAUGCAGGAAUGUUACAAACUAUGUGUGAUUAACGAUAAGUACAUUUUGCGGCUGACCUCUUUUGACAGCUGUCAGAGGGUGUGACCUCAUUAUGUUCUAGGGCCCUGAGCUGUCGGAGUGAACCAAUUGACUUUUUCCACUUGACCACUGACAUGCUCCGACUGUUAAAAGCUUUUUUACAGGAGCGUGUGUGUGUGUGCGAAUGUCCUUUUGUACUUGAAUUUCUUGUCUGUUUCCAUCCCUCUUCCUGUCCCAACCUUUUCUUCCCAUCCGUUGUUCAUUGUCUCAACCCUUAUCUCUCUCGCUCUCCUCGUGUUUAACAGGAGAUUGAGCAAAGGCUCCAGCAGCAGGCAGCCCUCUCCCCCAGCACGGCACCGACUGUUCCCAACGUCAGCAAGGCCGAGACCAUGAUCCGACAUCACGCCCUGCGUCAGGUAACGGGCCUACACUAAGAAACCUUAGUGACAAACCUUAAUUUGUUGGCUGUUAUCAGACGUCAAAGUAGUUUUAAAAAUUUAUACUGAGAUUAGUCCUUGGCCCACCCCAAUCUGUUGCGUAGAUCCAGCUAUAUGCCUCAAUCAACUAUCCUAUAGGCCCCAUUUAAAUCUGGGGUGUAGUCCAUAGUUUGCAGCAUUUGUAGAUCGUACUCUGGCACAGUAUCAUAUGAUGUUUUAAAUCAUUGUUACCAAAACCGUUUUGACUGGACCAACGUAUCUGGAGGUCACUGAUUUCCUCCACCGCUCUCUCACCCUCUGCUCCCUCAGGCUCCCCAGCCUCAGGCCUCCAUGCAGCGGGGUCUCUCCAGCUCGGCGAGGGGUGUCCUCUCCAACUUCGCCCAGGCCUCCCAGCUCUCCGUGGCCAGCGGCCUGCUGGGGAUGACGGGGAAGCAGCGCUGCGGAGGAGGAGGUGGCGGCACAAGUGGUGGCGGUGGCAGCAGUCGGAUCCAGCAUGAUGGCCGUCGCCAGAUCUACAACAUCCCCGGUGGGUUUUUGAGAACCCCUUAUGGUAACACUUCACUUAGGCCUAAAGCCUGCAGAUAUAAUGAUAUUACAUGUGAUAAGUCUGGUCCCUUGUGUAUAUACAGUGUAUUGGGAAAGUAUUCAGACCCCUUGAGUUUUUCAAAAUGUUGUUACAUUAGACUUAUUCUAAAAUGAAUUUAAAAAAUGUGUCCCUCAUCAAUCAACACACAAUACCCCAUAAUGACAAAGCAAAAACUGGUUUUUAGAAAUGUUUGCUAAUUUAUUAAAAUGAAAAACUGAUAUCACAUUUAAAUAAGUGUUCUGACCCUUUACUCAGUACUUUGUUGAAGCACCUUUGGCAGCGAUUACAGCCUCGAGUCUUCUUGGAUUUUAACGCUACUUGGCACACCUUUUUUUGUGAGUUUCUCCCAUUCUUCUCUGCAGAUCCUCUUAAGCUCUGUCAGGUUGGAUUUUCAGGUCUCUUCAGAGAUGUUCUAUUGGGUUCAAGUCCGGGCUCUGGCUGGGCCACUCAAGGACAUUCAGAGACUUGUCCUGAAGCCACUCCUGCAUUGUCUUGGCUGUGUGCUUAGGGUCAUUGUCCUGUUGGAAAGUGAACCUUCGCCCCAGUCUGAGGUCCAGAGCGCUCAGGAGCAGGUUUUCAUCAAGGAUCUCUCUGUACUUUGCUCCGUUCCUCUUUCCCCCGAUCCUGACUAGUCUGCCAGUCCCUGCUGCUGAAAAACAUCCCUACAGCAUGAUGCUGCCACCACCAUGCUUUACCGUAGGGAUGGUGCCAGGUUUCCUCCAGACGUGACGCUUUGCAUUCAGGCCAAAGAGUUCAAUCUUGGUUUCAUCAGACCAGAGAAUCUUGUUUCUCAUGGUCAGAGUCCUUUAGGUGCCUUUCCAAGCGGGCUGUCAUGUGCCUUCUACUGAAGAGUGACCACUCUACCAUAAAGGCCUGAUUGGUGGAGUGCUGCAGAGAUGGUUGUCCUUCUGGAAGGUUCUCUCAUCGCCACAGAGGAACUCUGGAGCUCUGUCAGAGUGACCAUCGGGUUCUUGGUCACCUCCCUGACCAAGGCCUUUCUCCCCCGAUUGCUCAGUUUGGCCGGGCGGCCAGCUCUAGGAAGAGUCUUGGUGGUUCAAACUUCUUCCAUUUAAGAAUGAUGGAGGCCACUGUGUUCUUGGGGACCUUCAAUGCUGCAGACGUUUUUUUGGUACCCUUCCCCAGAUCUGUGCUUUGACACAAUCCUGUCUCGGAGCUCUACGGACAAUUCCUUUGACCUCAUGGCUUGGUUUUUGCUCUGACAUGCACUAUCAACUGUGGGACCUUAUAUAGACAGGUGUGUGCCUUUCCAAAUCAUGUCCAAUCAAUUGAAUUUACCACAGGAGGACUCCAAUCAAGUUGUAGAAACAUCUCAAGGAUGAUCAAUGGAAGCAGCUGAGCUCAAUUUCGAGUCUCCUAGCAAAGGGUCUGAAUACUUAUGUAAAUAAGGUAUUUCUGUUUUCGCUUUGUCAUUAUGGGGUAUUGUGUGUAGAUUGAUGAGGAAAUGUUUUUAUUUAAUCCAGUUGAGAAUAAGGCUGUAACAUAACAAAAUGUGGAAAAAGUCUGAAUAAUUUCCGAAUGCACUGUAUAUAACUGGUCACGUGUGGCUCAGUUGGUAGAGCAUGGCGCUUGCAAAUGUCAGUGUUGUGGGUCUGAUUCCCACGGGGGACCAGUAUGAAUAUCUUUGCACUCACUUCUGUAAGUCUCUAAAUGAUUAAAAUGUAAUGAGCAUGUGUGAGCCUUUAUAAUGUGAUAUUGUAAUACUCAUAAUAAGUUAUGUUUCUCUAUGUAGCACAUUUUUAACUGCUUCCAAAUGGCUUUUUAAUUUAGUCAGGAUCAUGAUGAGAUAAUGAUGAUAAUAUGGGGGUAAUAUGUGCUUAUGACAAGUCUUACAAUGCAUUAUACCAGCAUUAUAAUGCAUAAUACCUGAAGGUGUUGCCCAAAUGUUUAGCAUUCAAAGAAAGAGUAAGAGUGAGAAACAAUGAGCUUUACACAUUUUUCACAAAGAUAGCCAUACAGAGAGCAUACAUAAAAUAAUUAUUUCAAUAAUAAUUGUCAUACCUAUCAUUGUCUAACAAACAUCUAAUCUCAGAUGAGGUGGACAGCAGGGUUGGGGUUAAUUCAACAAUUUACAUUCUAUAUAAUUAAAUUCCCUCUCCCUGUAAAUUUGAUUUCAUUCAAUUAAAAUUCCAGGUCAGUCUUUGAAUUCUGAGGGAAUUCAAUCCCUCUAAAUUCCAAUGUUAGGUUAUAAAAAAAUAAAAAAUAAUCCAAAUUCCACAAAUAUCAAAUUAAAUUCCCUCAGGCUGUUAGGCUGAUCAUGUCACUGUUCAGACAGCCUAGCUAAACUGGACAUAUAGAAAUCCAAGUUGAAAUAUUUUUUUAACAAAUCCUGCAGUAAAUGUUUAUACUAAGUGCAUUAACUGUGAAAUGUAUAAAUAUUAAAUUCAAACAAAUAUUUGUUUUACAAUUUCAAUUGAAUUACAAUUUAAACAGUCAAAUUCUAUAACUUGAAUAUUGUUGUAAUUGUAAGUGAAUUCAACGUAAAUUCUCCACUUCAUGACUGAAUUCAAUUUUACAUUGGAAUUUAAAUUUAAAUUGGAAUUGACCCGAACCCUGGUGGACAAAACAGACACAGCAGACUCUGGAAUAUUGUUCAUUUUUAAAUAUGUUGUGGGGACAAAGGAUUUAUUAAAUGUGUUCCUCUUUCUUCCUCUCUCUCUUUUUCCUCUGUGUUUCUUCCUGUCCUUUUAACUUUCCUUGUUCUCUCAACCUCUUGUUUGAACUCUCUCGGUCUCUUUCUCUCUAUUAUUCUUGAUUUCUCUCUUUCUCCUUCUCUCUCAGGGUUGAACAUUGCCUACCUGAACCAAGGAGGGGUCGGGGCCAACAAAGGCUCCAGCUUAGCAGACCGUCAGAGGGAGUACCUAUUGGACAUGAUCCCGCCACGCUCCAUAUCACAGUCCAUCAACGGACAGAAAUGA